CUUGAUUCAGUUUCGCUUGAGGUCGCCUUACAAAGAGUUGCGUUUAUAAUAAUUAAGAAUAAUAUUAACCUAUCGAAAUGUGGAAGAAAAUAGUUUUUUUUCUGGUGCUUGUGGCCUUUGUGGCAGUGCCGUUCGCCAACUCACUGAGCUGCAACAAGUGCACAUCGCCGUCUGGAUGCAAAAGUCCCUCCUCCGAAACUUGCUCCAAUUCGACGGCCAAUGCCAAUAAGAAUUUUCUGGAAGGAUACCAUAGUAAUGUGCCCACCGUUAAUGGCAGUCUGAGUUUUUCCUGUGCCAAUCUCACUUACUACCAUGCAGCAAACUACACGCACACCUUUGAGUUCCUGGGCUGCGUCUUCAACGAGACAAAUGUCUGCAAUCUUGCCCUAACCAACACAGUGAGUGGAUGGAGCAGGAAGUGCGUCCAGUGCGGCACCGACUACUGCAAUCCAGCUGGAACCUACAGCAGCAGUGUCUAUACAAUCGUGGGAUCCGCCAUAGCCGUGCUUUUGGCCAAGGUUCUAAGCUAAACUUAUGAUCUGCAGUAUCUCAACUACCUUUCGAUUGUACAAUAUUUAUUUGAAUUAAAAAUAAAAUCACUUAAGAUAACGAA